AUGGCUGCUUCGUCCUCGACAAGUGCAUCUAUGCACGGCAGCAUAUAUGGACAUGCCUCUGUCUCGUUCUUUCCAGCAAACAUACUAAAUGGCAGUUCGAACCCUAGCAUGAUACUCGCGAGCACUGCGACGUCUGCGAUACAUAGCUCGUCUCCAUAUUCCACCGUGGUUGGGGCCAACACGACACUUGCGGCACACCUUUCUGGGACUAUGGUAUCAUCAGCAUCUGUCGUGCCGACAGCACACAUGAUACUGAAUGCUACGCAUAGUGCCGCCAUCGAGACCCAGAAUUCCACGUCAAGAGCCAGCAUGUACUUACCAUGUCCAUCUGGCAAUGCUUCGCUACAUCCUCAUAACGUGAAUGCUUCGCACUGGGAAGCUUGUCAGGCCAGCUAUGUUGCCUGGAGUAACGCCUUCGAGCCCGAGCUUACAACCUCAGUCGUCACACGCAUCGAAAGCAACCACAGCCUAACUUUCCAUGCCACAUACGGGCAUGCUAAUGUUCAUACGACUGUGAACGGCUAUCCGCGAGCGCAUGGUACGCUGACACCAACCUCGGUCACACAGUACAUUACACGCUAUCUGCAGACCAGCAUCGAAACACAGACAUAUACAUCCACCAGAAACGCAACAUUGACGAGUCCGCGUCCGACAUGCGCUAUUGCCACUGCUCAGUGUAGCAGCAUGUGGCAGAGCUACCUUAAUAGCCUUGGACUACCAACGAACGUCGCCAAUGCGACAGAGCCAAUGAUUACACCAAUGCCAACGAAUAGGCCGCGCUGUGCAUUGGACAAUACCCAGGCUACCUGCAGCAGUCCAUCGUCUGCUGACGGACAAUGUCAGAUCGAGGCUGUCCUCGGUCGACUAUUCUAUUGGCCUUCGUUUGUCGUCGACGCCAAGGGCAAUACCACCGGAACCCAGUACUACAACACAUCGGAACCCAUGACGGCCUUGUUUGGGACUGUCAAGAUGACGUACCCCUCAGUGUACCUGUUUCUGUACGAGGUAUCUGCUCGUACGCCAACAGCAUCGAGCAAGCAUUGUAUCACCAGCGCUCCUCUUGGCGCAUUGCCCAAAGUGGUGGAGAACAGCUCGGCGUCAAAGAAACCCCGAGCUUUCACGUUGGGCUGGACUCUUUUAGAGCUGCAAACCACUGCGCUGUCGAGCCUUGUCAGGGAUCUGGGCCCCGGAGUAAACACAGCUAGUGCUGUCAGUGCCAUUGCACAUGGUGGCCGAGACUACGAACAGUGGAUGCAGCGUAUUGCGAGCAAUACUGUGCUAUGGAACAAUUCAACCACUGCAUCCUAUCGUGUGGAACCAGUCAAUUACCGCGGCUUGGGCGCACCGCCCGCGGAAGCCUACUAUCUUCGUCCGGAUGGUGCGCCUGGCUGCAACUUACGAGGUCCUCAUCCUGAGUGUAGCACCAUCUUCAACGGUGCGUAUGUACCGCAACUAGCAGUGCCGACACAGGUUCGAGCCUUCCAUCCAAGUUUUGCAGACUGUGCCAUUGCCUUGCUCGGCAGUUUCGAGCCACCAGAGCCUAUCUCGUCGGGCUACCAGUACGGACCCUCCUAUGUUAGACAUCCUGAAGCGGUUCACACUUCUGUCUCAACUGUGGAUACUCCAUGUACUUCUACAUGCCGAGGUUGCUGUAUGCCAGGAGGAGACAUCGGGCCCUCGGCACCACAAAUAUUGUCAAGCCUACCACCAGCAACAAACCCCAGUUUUUCGAACAGCUGUGGUUCGGAAACGCAACUUCAAACUCACGACAAUGCUCCCACGAAUAUCCCGGCUCCUGUCACAACAGGAGAUAGUAGUCCUUUGCUGGACGAUGACCCAGCUAUUGCAACAGAUCAAACGCUGGAAUCCUCGCCAGCUGCCAUCAUUAUGAGCUUUCUUUCAUUCGGAGCCGCCGAGGGAGAUAUGAAUAACGGAGCAGGCGUGGCAACUACCACGAUCGCGAGUCCUGCUGUAACCACCGGACAAGCUGCUCCAGCGCUAAUCAGCCAUCCAAAUGCUGUCUCGAUACUCUCAGCGGCGUUACAGACCGAGGCGGUGGGGCAUUCAGCCGAUCAAACAGAACAAGCAGGCUCUGGAAGUGACGGAGGCAUCGUGGGUAGCACGCCUGAAGCAGUCUUUAAGCCUGGAGCAUCAAGUGGUUCGGCCCUGAAAUCACCAGAUGAGGUCCCGGUCACUGGCACCGCAAUGAGCAUCGUAAAAGCCGUGCAGACCGCCCUGAAUCAAGGCGCACAGGUGUCGCAGGCGUCUAUCGCUGUUGUGACAAUCGCUCGGACUGCAUACACAGCGAGCGCUAGUGAAAACAAAAACUUCGCUGUCAUAGGCGCUGCUACGCUGACCGUGGGCGGCCAAGCUCAAUUGCUUGAUGGACAGACGAUCAGCGCUGCCUCUGGUGGUGUUAUAGUCAAUGGCCAAACAGUUUCGUACAGCGCUCCCAGGACUCUUGCACCAACUACGCAAGGUGCCCUCGUCACGAUCGGCGGUCAAACCUUCACAGCUGUUCAGGUUGGCUCUCCGAGCACUGUCAGACUUGGUGACUCUAUAUUAUCAGUCGGAGGCCCACCAGCUACCAUAUCUGGGCAAGUCGUUAGUCUUGGAGCAGCAGGCUUAGUACUUCUGGGCGGCGGGAAGUCACUAAGUACAACUCCUCUGAGUCCAGCAUCAACCACCUUGGCACGCGCAAUUCCCGUGACGCUAGGCUCGCAGACAUUGACAGCUGCCGAGCUCGGUUCUGGCACCUUUGUACUCGGCUCUGUCACAUUCAGUGCAGGCGGCGCAGCGGCGACUAUAUCUGGCCAGAUUUUCUCUGCAGCGAGUUCUGGACUACUCGUCAAUGGACAGACGCUGACGGUCGAAGCCGCUGGUUCGUCACAGUCAGGUGUCGUAUUGUCCGCAAGCUCGCGCGUGGUUACAGCCGCAGAAGUGGAGCCAGGUGUGUUUGCAAUUGGAACGGCACUUGUCACUGCUGGUGGACCAGCUAUUGCUGCCGCUGGGGAGUCCUUCUCGGCCAUUCCUUCGGGUCUCAUUGUAAACGGGCGAACAAGUGCCCUAUCCGUCACAGCGAUCGAGAUAAGCCCUGGCGUCUUUGCGAUCGGCUCGAAGACAAUAAGUGCUGGUGGGCCCGCUGCCACGAUCUCUGAUCUAAAAGCAUCUGCAGUGGACUCUGGGAUCGUUGUUGAGGGACAGACCAUAGCAGCUUCUGCUCCACCAAGAACGAGUCCCGCUGUGAGCGGCGUUCGCUUUCCAGCAAGUCUGAAUCUUCCUACAGCUACGGAGAUCAGUCGAGGUGUUUUCUCAAUAGGCUUGACAACUUUGUCUGCUGAUGGUCCGGCUAUGACUGUAUUGGGUCACAUUGUCUCAGUUGGCGCUUCUGGUCUGGUUGUUGAUGGUACCUCAUACAAAGCAUCUAGCCUUCCAGCUCUUUCGACCGGAGUGGUCUUCACAGAAGAGACAAGUCUUGCUACGGCCACAGAAAUCGCUCCGGGCAUCUUUGCUGUAGGCACAGCGAUUCUCAAAGCAGGAGGCCCAGCCAUGUCGAUAUCUGGCCGCACGAUUUCUGCUGGACCAAGUGGUCUCUUGGUGGACGGUACUUCUUGCACUGCCUCAGGCUUGCCACCAGCACCAACUGGCGUGGUCUUCACUCAAGGCUCAAUCCUCGCCACAGCCACAGAGAUGGCUCCUGGAAUCUUCGUCUUCGGUACCGCAACACUUUCCGUGGGAGGACCGGCCGCAAUGAUAUCUGGCCAGACUCUCUCAGCUGCGGACAAAGGUCUUGUAAUCAAUGGUCAAAGCCUCACCGCCUCUACGCUCGUUCCUCGUCCUACAUUUGGUGUCCUGCUCACCGAAUCCUUCAAGCAAACAACAGCAACAGAGAUCGGACCCGGAGUCUUCGCCAUAGGUACCGUGACUCUGACAGCGGGGGAUUUAGUAGCUACGAUAGCUGGCGAAACGAUUUCUGCUGUUGCGGAUGGGCUUGUGGUAGAUGGACAGACUGUGAGUGCUAGCUUGCUGCAAGGCUUGACGAGUAAGGCGACGGCGGUGACGACGCAAGUGUCGUUGAGCGCGGCUGCUGCGGCAGGAGGCCCAACACAAGCGGUGGCUAGUGGUACGCAGAAGGCGAAAAAGUCUUUUGCUGUACGGCUUGGUGGUUCGAGGUUGUGGGUGAUGGCAUGCCUGGCGCUUGUGGCAAUACUUUUAGGCUGA